CUUUCUUUCUUCUUUUCAACUAUCAUGGCCGAAACAAAGAAAGAAGGCAAAAAGCCUUCCAACAGACUAUUGGGAAUGAAGUUUAUGCAAAGGACAUUAGAAAAAGAAAAGCAAGAACAGUUAGAAAAAGAACGUAAACGAGUUAUAUCAGAAGCAGAAUGGGUAUUGGAUAGAAAAGAAAUCGAUGCAGAAAAACCAAAGAUACAGAUUGAACAUCAACCUAGUUUUUUACCUUUUACACAAGCAACCAUGGCAGGAAGACAAUCUUUCAAGAGCUUUAAUAAGGAGAUUGAGGUACAUAGAAUACUCUUCCAACAAAAAAAUACAGUUCAUGCUUAUAUCUCUUCUUUUAUAGGCAGUAGUAGAAGAUGAAGAAAAGAAGCAACGAUUAGAACGUGAAGAAGAAGCAGAGAAAUCCAAUGCUAUUUCAGAUAAAGUGAUGGGAGAACAAAUGCAAACCAUUCGAUCUGUAACUAAGAAAAGAGCCAAAAAGACAAAAGAAGAUAAAGCGAAUAAAAAGCAAAAAGCAACAGGGUUUAUUAAACCAGAAUAAAAUGGAGACAAAGCAUAAAAACACGUGACA